UUAUACAUCUUUUUCUAACAGAAAAAUGUUGGUCGUCUGUUUUCUAAGUUUGGAGAAAUCCAGUCCAUAAUGGUUAGAGAUGACAACAAUACCCCAGGCACUAAAAUUUCCUAUGUUCGCUUUUAUUGUGAUGAAGAUUCCAAGAAAGCUGUAGAUGAAUGUAAUGGCUGUGAUGUUGAUGGAAACACCAUUGUAGUAAGACGUACAGGAAAAAAUGAUAAAAGACACAGAAAACCUGGAGAGAAAUUCCAAUCUGUAGGAAUGAAGUCAGAGAAAAAAAAUGAUAGAAUUUCAAAUAGAGGACCAGAUAUAGUUCCAUAUGAAGAUCGACCAAAUCGGCACACAGGAACCAAUAGGCCAGAUGGAAAGAAUUCACGAUGUAGCCAGUCAUCACCAGAAGAUCCUGCUGAUGAAACAGUAUUAGUGAGUCAUGUUGAAAACUGCAAUGUUAUCUGGGUGCAAGUAGUGACUGAAGAUGUACAGGAAAAACUGUUAUAUGUCACCAACCAGCUGGCAGAAGUCUGUCCAAAAGCAAAGAAAGUUGAAAAAAUCCAGUUGAAUAAAAUUUUUGCUGCCAAGUUUUCUGAAGAUCAACUUUGGUACCGGUGUAUUAUCAGAGAGCAGCAGCAACAUUUGUCUAGCAAGGUUCGAGUAUCUUUCGUCGACUAUGGGAAUGAAGAAGAGACCUGUGUAAAUAAUCUGGUUGAAGUUCCUCCAAACAUCUGUGAAUUUAAGCCAUUUGCUCGCAAAGUCAUUUUGAACCUUACGAAAUCCAAAAAGUACAUGGAUGAAAAAGGAUUGGCUUUUGUAAAGGAAUUCACAAAUGGAAAAUUGCUAAAACUACACCCAGCUGGUCGUUUGUCUGAUGGCACUGGAAUCUAUGGGGAAUUAUUCUAUGAUGGUUUUAGUCUCAGUGACCUUUUUGUGCAGGAGGGCUACAUUGUUAAAAAGACACUCCCACAGAAAAAUAACUUGCAAAAUUCUCUUAGCUCACCUAACAUGAUGCCAUUAAAUUGUUCACACCAGUCAUCACGACCUUCUUCUAGUUUGGGAAAUCAUGCACCAAGUCUUUUACCAACCCCAGUCAGUAAUCUGGAGCAAGUUAAUUAUGUGAACAAAAAUACAUUGACACAUGACUUGCGAGAACCAAUUCCUAAAUUACAUGGCUGGAUUUCAGAUGGAAAAAAUACAUUAGUACAACUACAAUCAGAACUAACAUCGACUAAACAAGAAUUAGCACAGAUAAGACAAGAAAAAGAUGCCCUUCUGCUAGAACUUAGCAAUACACAAAGUAAACUUAAGAAUAUUCAAACUGAAUACAACAACAAACUUUCUGAAAAUUCUUAUCAUGAGUUGACUAAAAAUAUAAUAACACUUACUGAAAAAGUAAGGAAGUUAAGGAGUCAGUUCCCAACAAAUGGAGAGGGUGGCUCCAGUACUUUAACGAAAGCCAUAGAACUAGCAACGAGCCGAGAAAGAAUGCAGACGCUGUCUCCAAGUUCUCUCAAUACUGUAAAUAAUAUAAUUUCUGUGUUUAAUGCUUCACAGAAAGAAAUAUUGAACAGUGAUAAAAAUCAGGCUGACCUCAGUGAAUUGAUUGAGGCAAGAGACAGCACUCGUGUGAAGUUAUGUGAAAGUCUUAGUAUGUGUUUAGCUGAUCUUUCAAACAUUCCUUUAGAAGAGAAACUAAAGCAAAUGCAGGAUGUUGUGAAUAAUUUAGGAAUGGAAUACAAGAACUUCCUUCAUUUUGCUGUUCAUUCUGUUCCACCAUUGGCUGACUUGUUACCAGCAUACACCGACUGGAAGAAAAAGAAAGAAGUUGAAUUUGAAAAAGUUCGUUCAGAAACAGAUUCUUGUCGAAAGAAACUCAGUAAUACUCUGUCUUUGAUUGAAGCGCACCUUAAACUGAACAGCACCCCAACCAUUAUUGAAGAGGUCCCUAAUAUUGGUUUUUGGUUGCGGCAAUUUACGCAAGCCUUACAGCAUGAAGUUGCUAUCACAGAUUUGGAACACAGUCGAAAUGCUACAUUUAUAACAUCCAUUCUACAUGCUGUGAAGCGUGAGCUUGAUGAAGAACAAAAAACAUUUUCUGGUUUACAUCGUUAUAUCACUGAGUUCUUGAAACUAAAAGAAGAUUUAUCUCCUUGGCUACAACAAAAACCUUCUCUUACUGAGCUCCAAGAAUCGAAGAAAAAUGUACGACUGUUGAAAUCCCAGCUACGACAUAGACUUGCUGAUCUUCAAGAUGUAGAAGAAAAUGAAGGUUAUAAUGAACAUCAUCAUGAAUUAAAAACUAAACUUGAAGAAGUCAGAGCAAAUUUACAUAAAUGUAUGGCUGAAGAAGAUCAACACAUGCAACGGAUUGCUGAUCUCGCUGAACGACAUUUUCCAGAAUUAUUGCUACAGAAUACAGACCUUGGUAUAACCAGUUACUUGAACUAUAAUGGAAUGGUGAAAGCUGGCAGAGAACCAGAUCAUUAUUGUUUAGAAAAGCAGAUUGCUUCAGGAGUCUACCAGACAUGGUUCAAUUCUGAAGAAGUUUUAAUACAAGAACAUCUAAUUAGUGACAAUGCUCCUGUAAGCCGAGAGGAAUUUCUGCAGAAUGCUAAAACUUAUUAUGGCAUUCAGUCCCCUCAUCUUGUUCCUCUACAAGCAGUGUUCUUUUCAAAGAAUCAAAGACAGAUAUUUGUACAGUUGCCUUUAAUAGGACAACCUUUCGCAGAUUACAUUGGAGAGAGCUUUUCAGAAAAAGAGCGCCAGUCUAUGAUAAGGGGCCUUUGUGAGGGAUUACAUAAACUUCAUAGUAGUGGCAUAAUACAUGGUGAGAUCAACCCUUCCACAGUAUUACUGAAACCAGAUCGGACAUUGGUUAUAACAAUGCCAGAUUUCUCAACACCUUUGGUUUCUCGAAUUCGGAAUAGGUAUGUCUCAGUGAAUGGUUAUUCAUUCUUAGCACCAGAAUGUCAGCAACAAUCUUCAGUAGAACCAUGUCCUGCCACAGAUGUCUAUCAAUUAGGCUUAAUGACUUUACUGUGGCAUGAUCCAGAAAACAAACUUUCUAGUCUUACUGAUUUAUCAGAAACAGAUUUUCCAACUCCUGUGAAGCUUUUCCUCCAGUAUUGUCUUCGAGAAGAUCCUCGUAUGAGAGUAUCAGUCAAUCAAUUAUUGGCCUCUGAAUAUCUUAACUUGCAGAUUAAUGAAACUCCAGCAGACUCUCACGAAUCACAAACAAAUUCAAACUCACCUUGUUCAUCUCCUCAAGAAAGUCCUGUACAACUGAAUUCUUCUUUAUCCGGUUUAGUCCAUCCUGAUAACUACAACUCACCCACAGAGGACAAUGGCUGUAAACAAGCAUCUAUUUCAUCUGAUGACUCUAUAGUAACAAGUAUCUAUGAAAACCUGCAGUCUCCUGUUUCCAAUGUUGUACAGCAGCUUUCUAAAAUGAUGCAACUUUCAGAUUUGUAUUCAAAUUGUCAUCAAUCUCCUAUUGAUCUGAGUUCAUUACAAUUUGAUAAUCUUCAAGCGAUGUCUGACCAAGCCACAAACCAAAUGAACAUGGCACAGAUGUCAUUUCACCAAAUGAGUGAAGUUGGUGACAACACUUCUGCUGGUUCUAAUCUGCUUAACAAUACAACCCAUGAGGAAUUUUUCGAUGGUUCAAUCGCAGAUUGUGGUUUGAACUCAACUCCACCUCUCACUCCUAUGCCAGCAGACUUUACUCAAACAACUUCCUUCUCACAUUCAGAUAGUAGUGGAAAUUCUUGCUCUUUUUCAAACACGCCCAAUCUUGAAGAUGGACUUUGCCAUGACAGUAAUCAUCUUGAUAAUGAAGAUAGUAGUUUAUUACAAAAUAGAGACUCUACUCAAAUUCAACCUCAAGAUACGCUCUCUCCAACAUCCCCUUUGCCACAUCUUGACACAGCUUGUAUAGGUGCUGUGUCUGCUCAGGAACAAUGUAGUCCACCUAUAAAUGUUCAAAAUCUUCAGAAUUCUAUUUCUCAAGUAAAUUCCUCACUACUUUCACAAGUGGAGCCUAACCAGAUUAGUGGCUGAAUUAACAUUACAAUGAAGAUCUUAUGCAUCUGGUGUAAACAAUACAGGGUAUUAGAUCUGGACAUCUGGCAAAAUAUUAUAUGGAACAUUAUAGGAAUUUAAUUUUGUUCCAGUUACUUUCAAAACAGCUUCUUUUAACUCAAAUGAGUUUAAAGGAACUUUCACUUUUUUUUCUUAAAUCUAAUUUCUUUUAUUUCAAUUUCUUUUUUAAUAAAAAUUUUUUUUCAUUUGUAAAUAUUCUUAAUUUAUUUUUUUAUAUUUUACUUAAUUUUUUUAAAACUAGUUAUUUCAAUUACCAUAAUAAAAAUAUAAUUUCCUGUGUGCUUUACUCA